CUUCGGCAGAGAAUGUCCGGACACGGCAGAGACGGUGAUCAUUGGCGGGGGCAUCGCUGGAACAAGCAUCGCCUACCACCUCGCCAGGCAGGGGCAGAAGGGUGUCAUACUACUGGAGAAGUCCGAGUUGACAGCCGGCUCCACCUGGCACGCAGCCGGCCUCACCACAACCUUCCACGGUACUGUCAACUUGAAGAAAAUACACUACUACAGCUUAAAUAUGUAUGCUCAUAUUGCACAAGAGACGGACCAAGAAAUAGGUCUGCAUCUUCCUGGCACCAUUCGUCUGGCUACGACACCUGUUCGGGUAGACGAAAUGAAGUACCAAAUGUCUCGCCAUGGUAACCACGAGGCACCACAGUGCCUACUCACUCCAGAACAGGUCAAAUUGCUGGUUCCCAUAGCCAAUGUUGAUAACAUUCUGAUGGGUCUGUACACGGCUUCUGAUGGCCACGUUGAUCCAUACUCCCUAACACAGGCUAUUGCCAAAGGUGCUCGAAAGUAUGGUGCUUUGAUCUUCCAAGGACUGGGAGUAACAACUUUAAAUUUGAGGGAAGAUGGUAGAUGGGUUGUUUCAACUACCGAAGGAGACAUACUUGCUAACAGAGUUGUAAAUGCAGCAGGAUUUUGGGCUAAAGAAAUAGCCAAACUAGCAGGAUCAGAUCUGCCUUUGGUACCGAAUCAUCAUCAAUACCUUGUUACGUCUACUGUACCUGAAGUAAAGGCCUUGAAGAGAGAAAUCCCUGUCUUAAGACAUUUAGAAGGAUCAUUUUACUUACGAAUGGAGAGGGAUGGUCUUCUUAUUGGACCCUAUGAAUCUACUCACACCAUGAGGCAGUGUGAGGACUGGAUGUGGAAUGGAGUUCCAGAAGGCUUUGGUAAGGAACUCUUCGAGCCUGACAUGGACCGAUUAGAACCUCACCUGGAGAUAGCUAUGCAAUUGGUGCCGUGUUUUGCUGAUGCUAGCAUCCAAAGUGUGGUCAACGGCCCCAUUACCUAUACUCCAGAUGUUCUCCCUCUCGUAGGACCAGAUAUGCUGCCUAAUAUGUGGCUAGCUGCUGGCUUUGGGUAUGGUAUAAUCCAUGGUGGUGGAAUGGGCAGUUACUUAGCCAGCUGGAUCAUCAAUGGUCAGCCACCUUUCGAGAUGACAGAGUGCGAUCCACUGAGGUUUGGUUCCUGGACAACAAAUGACUACGUUCUAGCAAAGGCAAGGGAAAGUUAUGGGAUGAAUAAUGCUGUAACAUAUCCACACGAAGAGAGAUUUGCUGGUCGACCAACAAGCAGAGUGUCUGGUGCUCACGAGGUACUGGAGAGUGAAGGUGCUUGCAUGCAGAUCCACAGUGGCUGGGAGCAACCUGCCUGGUUCACAUCUCCAGGACAACAACCACAGUACUGCCCCAGUUUUCAGAGAACUAAUUGGCACGAAGCAGUAGAGAAGGAAGUUGACUUAGUAAUGACAUCAGCUGGGAUUAUUGACCUGACGCCCUUUGCUAAGAUUAUUGUUCAAGGACGGCAGGCUGCUGCAUUUAUGGACUAUAUGACAGCCAAUAG